UCAGCAAGGAUUCUGAAUUGCAGUUUGAAGAUGUUGGAGAUCACAAUUCUAACACUAAACCAACCAUAAGAAAUUAUUAGAAAUGCAAACUAAUAGAAGUUGUCUGGUAAUGGCUUCUGCCUCAGCAUUGUAUUCCAUCUCAUGUUGGGGUAUGUUUUGUUUGUUGUCUUUUCUGUUUUAUCUACAAUGUCUUUUAAUAUUUGUUUUAUUGCAGAAGCAGAAAUUUUGAUGUGUGUAUUUGUUGGGAAAGGCAAUUAACGUGAUUGAAAAGGGUCAGUUUCAGGUAGGCAGUUGGAUAAAUUAAAUGCAUGGAUACAAGGUUGGUAUCACUUAACCAUCUCCUACCCUACAAUAAUUCUUUACUAAUAAAUUUAUUGAUUGAAACCCACUACUUAAACUGAUAUGCUGGACCAGUUUCUGCAAAUUCUGAAUGGGAGAAACCACAGAUUUGAGAGUGCUUAUGGAUCAUAACAAAGAACAGGACAAAGAAUUUCAUGCAAUGCUAAUGGCUCCCAAAAUGCCAAAGGCAGUGAAACCAAUCAUUGCAGCUGAUGGUGACAAUGUUAGGCGGCCUCGAGGGAGGCCAGCAGGCUCCAAAAACAAACCAAAACCACCCAUUAUCGUCACUCGAGAAAGUGCUAAUGCGAUAAGAGCCCAUGCAAUGGAGGUGAGUUCAGGUUGCGAUGUGAUCGAGAGCUUAGCUAACUUUGCAAGGAAAAAGCAGCGUGGCAUUUGUGUGCUUAGUGGGAGUGGGUGUGUGACUAAUGUUACACUCAGACAACCAGCUUCAUCAGGUGUAAUUGUUACUCUGCAUGGCCGGUACGAGAUUCUCUCCUUGCUUGGAUCGAUCCUGCCCCCUCCAGCUCCACCGGGGAUCACGGGGCUAACCAUUUACCUGGCUGGCGCUCAGGGACAGGUUGCUGGUGGAGUGGUAGUCGGUGCACUCAUUGCAUCCGGUCCUGUUCUGGUAAUGGCUGCAUCCUUCAUGAACGCCACCUUCGAUCGUUUACCAUUGGAUGAAGAUGAAGUUGCAACAGCAAUGCAGAACCAAUAUGGUCACCAUAAUGGUCCACAUCAUCAGCUCGACGAAUCCGAUCUGUAUGGGAUGCCGCAGAACUUGAUCACAAAUGGAACUACACCUCCUGAGAUGUACUCUUGGGCACCAGGACGAACCAUGUCAAAAACCUAACCUGGAUUAGCCAGCAAUUCUUUGAAGAUUCUCACAUCCUCCGAAUAUCCUCAUUCGGUUUCAUUGAGUACACCUGUGUAGGACAUAUAUGUAACACACGUUACCAUACACUUAAAUAAUGGUAGACUUAAAACAUGUCUGCAGCACCAAUUAACGGAAUGGAACUAUUGCCAUUUUUUGAUC